AUGGAAGAAAAGUUAAAUGAAAUGGAACAAGCUGGUAUCAUCACAAGGACAUCAACGCCUUACAGUAGUCCAUUGACAUUCACUCUUAAAAAAGACGGCUCAAUUAGAGUUCUGCUUGAUGCCAGAAGCAUAAAUAAGAAAAUGGUUGCAGAAACAGAGAAACCACCUAUACAAUUAGAUGUUUUGAAUUCAUUUCACGGAGCGAAUUAUAUCACUACCAUUGACUUAAAUAAUGCAUAUUUUCAAAUUCCGAUAAAUAAAGAUGGUAGAAAAUAUACUGGAUUCACAUUCAAUGGAAAGUCAUAUGUAUAUAAUGUUUUGCCGCAAGGAUUAAAAACAUCAGUAGGAAGCUUUAGCAGAGCCAUGAAUUUAAUAUUAGGACCAGAAGUCCAAGAAUUUUGUGUGAACUAUUUAGAUGAUCUAGCCAUUAUUACAACAGGAACGUUAGAUAAACAUUUGGAGCACAUUGAUAUUGUUUUAAGUAAAUUGAACAAAGCUGGCUUAACGUGUAACUUGCAGAAAUGUGAAUUUAUUUGUAAAGAAAUUAAAAUGCUGGGUUUUAUAAUUUCAACAGAAGGCAUAAAGACAGAUCCCGAUAAGAUUCGAGCGAUCCAAGAGUUUCCAGCACCUAAAAAGAUUAAACAAUUAAGGGCCUUUUUAGGUCUAUGCAAUUUUUAUAGAAGGUUUAUACCAAAUUACAGCGAGAGCAUAAUACCGCUCUGUGAAUUACUUAAAAAGGGACGAAAGUUCCAAUGGAGCGGUAAAGAACAGAAGGCAUUUGAUUUUAUAAAACAACAAUUUAUUAAUACAAUACAAUUGCAUCAUCCAGACUUUAAUAAGCCGUAUUAUUUACAAACAGAUUGUUCCGGUGUGGGUAUGGCCGGAGUACUAUAUCAGAUAGAUGAUAAUAAUGAAAUGAGAAUUUUAGGCUAUCAUAGUAAAGCCUUAAAAGGCCCCGAAUUAAAUUGGUCUGUUACUGAACAAGAGUUUUAUGCUGUAAUAAGCUGCCUAAAGAAAUUUGAAACAUAUUUGCGGGGCAGUAAAUUAAUAAUACUAACUGAUCAUAAAGCAUUAUUUUUUAUUAAUAAUAUGAAGUUAUUCAAUGGUAGAGUAACCCGAUGGAUUUUGUAUAUAGAACAAUUUAAUUAUGAAGUACAGCAUAUAUCGGGUAGACGUAAUAUUGUUGCAGAUGUGCUAUCACGUUAUCCUCCUGAUGGCGAUUUAAUACAAGAGGAUAAAAAUAAUAGUUUAGAAAUUGCUUACACAGAGAGCGAACCGAAUAUUGAGUUCAUAGAAAAAUUAAAAUCCUUAACAGUAUAUCAAUUACAAGAUUCAGAGUCGUUGGCUAUUAUUGAAAAGUUAAAGACAUUAAAUACUUCCAUAAUAAAACAAAACAAUAAAUUUAAAAGAUAUAGUUUGAAAAAUGAUGUAUUAUAUUACAAAACGAAUUUACAAGAAGUAAUAUAUUUACCUAAAGCAUUGAGAUAA